GCCUGGAGGAUACGGCGGAGUUUGCUGCAACAACACACGCACUGAAAGCUGCUCAAAGAGAAAAUAAACAACAACAAAAAAAGCAGCCACCGGUCUCACCAUGAGCUGCAAGCUCAGCCGCGCUCUCUGGAGUAUCUGCGGCUGCAUUUCUUUGCUCAGCACCAUCCUUGCCCAUCUGACGCAGGCUGCAAGAGAAGUUAUUUUGCUGGAUUCCAAAGCACAACAGACGGAGCUGGAGUGGAUCUCGUUCCCUUCUGACGGGUGGGAAGAGAUCAGUGGCGUAGAUGAGAACUACAUUCCGAUCCGCACGUACCAGGUGUGCAGAGUAAUGGAACCUAAUCAGAACAACUGGCUGAGGACUAACUGGAUUGCAAGAAGCAAUGCUCAGAGGAUAUUUGUGGAGGUGAAGUUUACCCUGAGGGAUUGUAAUAGCAUUCCAGGAGUCUUGGGGACAUGUAAAGAGACAUUUAAUCUGUAUUACUUUGAAAGUGACUCAGAUGCUGGCUGGAACAUCAAGGAGAGUCAGUACCUCAAAAUAGAUACUAUUGCAGCUGAUGAAAGUUUUACUCAAGGGGACCUUGGGGAACGUGUCAUGAAACUUAACACAGAGGUGCGAGAAAUCGGGCCUUUGUCGAGAAAGGGAUUCUACUUGGCUUUCCAGGAUGUGGGUGCCUGCAUUGCCCUCGUGUCUGUGCGUGUUUACUAUAAGAAAUGUUGGUCAAUUGUGGAAAAUUUGGCGGCUUUCCCAGACACAGUGACAGGGUCUGAAUUUUCGUCCCUGGUGGAGGUGCGUGGCACCUGUGUCAGUGACGCAGAAGAGGAAACAGAAAACCCUCCCAAGAUGCACUGCAGUGCAGAGGGUGAGUGGUUGGUGCCCAUUGGGAAGUGCAUCUGCAAAGCAGGAUUUCAGCAGAAAGGAGAUGAAUGUGAGGCUUGUGAGCCAGGAUUCUAUAAGUCAUCAUCGCAGGACCAUCGGUGUGCCCGAUGCCCAGCUCACAGUCAUACAGCUCAGGAAGGCUCCUCAUGGUGUGAAUGUGAGGAUGGUUAUUAUAGAGCUCUCACUGACCCUCCCUCUGUACCUUGUACAAGACCACCUUCUGCACCGCAAAAUCUCAUUUACAACAUCAAUCAGACAACAGUGAGUUUAGAGUGGGGUCCACCAGCAGAUACUGGAGGUCGGGAUGACGUCACCUACAGGAUCAUGUGCAAACAAUGCAGCUGGGAGCAGGGUGAGUGUGUGCCUUGUGGCAGCAGCAUUGGCUUCAUGCCCCAGCAGUCAGGACUGGCAGAUACGUAUGUGACAGUUGUGGAUCUACUGGCCCAUGCCAACUACACGUUUGAGGUUGAAGCCGUGAAUGGUGUCUCAGACCUGAGUCGGACCCAGAGGUUAUUUGCAGCUGUCAGCAUAACCACGAGUCAAGCAGCUCCCUCACAGGUUAGCGGCGUAGUGAAGGAUAAAGUACAGCAGAGGACUGUCAAUCUCUCCUGGAAGGAACCAGAGCAUCCCAAUGGAGUCAUCACAGCAUAUGAAAUCAAGUACUAUGAAAAGAAUCUAAAAGAACGGACUUAUUCUACAGUCAAAGCUACCUCAACAUCAACUACAAUCAAUAACCUGAAACCAGGCACAGCCUACAUAUUCCAGAUCCGAGCAUUCACCACAGCUGGCUAUGGGAACUACAGUCCUAGGCUGGAGGUCUUAACCCUUGAGGAGAGUACAGCUACAGCUGCUUCCACUGAACAGAACCCAGUCAUUAUCAUCGCUGUUGUUGCCGUAGCAGGGACCAUCAUUCUGGUCUUCAUGGUGUUUGGUUUCAUUAUUGGACGAAGCAUUCUGAGAUGUUUUCCUUACGUGAGGAGAGCGAUAGAAAUGCACUGUGGCUACAGCAAAGCUGAACAGGAAGGAGAUGAAGAGCUGUAUUUCCACUUUAAAUUACCAGGUUCAAGAACAUACAUCGAUCCAGAAACCUACGAGGACCCUAACCGGGCUGUCCAUCAAUUUGCCAAGGAAUUAGACACUUCCUGCAUUAAGAUUGAAAGAGUGAUUGGAGCAGGUGAAUUUGGAGAGGUCUGCAGUGGUCGCUUGAAGCUGCCAGGUAAAAGGGACAUGCCAGUUGCAAUUAAAACAUUAAAAGUGGGUUUCACUGAAAAACAGCGAAGGGACUUCCUCUGUGAAGCAAGCAUCAUGGGACAGUUUGAUCACCCCAACGUUGUUCAUCUGGAAGGAGUCGUUACCAGAGGUAAACCAAUUAUGAUUGUAAUCGAAUACAUGGAGAAUGGAGCACUGGAUGCAUUCCUCCGGAAACAUGAUGGACAGUUCACGGUGAUUCAGCUAGUGGGAAUGCUACGUGGAAUUGCAGCUGGGAUGAGAUAUCUUGCUGAUAUGGGUUACGUACACAGGGAUCUAGCAGCUCGUAACAUUCUGGUCAACAGCAAUCUCGUAUGCAAAGUUUCUGAUUUUGGUCUCUCAAGAGUUGUAGAAGAUGAUCCAGAGGCCGUCUACACGACAACAGGAGGUAAAAUUCCAGUACGGUGGACUGCUCCUGAGGCUAUUCAGUACCGUAAGUUUACAUCAGCCAGCGAUGUGUGGAGCUAUGGCAUAGUAAUGUGGGAAGUAAUGUCCUAUGGAGAGCGACCGUACUGGGAUAUGUCCAACCAGGAUGUAAUAAAAGCUAUUGAGGAAGGUUAUCGCCUCCCUGCUCCCAUGGACUGUCCACCUGGCCUCCAUCAGCUGAUGCUUGACUGCUGGCAGCAGGAACGCAGUGAGAGACCCAAGUUCGAUCAAAUAGUUGGGAUCCUGGACAAAAUGAUCCGUAAUCCAAACAGUCUGAAGGUUCCCCAGGGUACCUGCAGUAGGCCAAUUAAUCCUCUUCUAGAUCAGAAUACGCCUGAUUUCACAUCCUUCCGCUGUGUAGGUGACUGGCUGGAAGCCAUCAAGAUGGAACGGUACAAGGAUAACUUCACAGCUGCAGGGUAUAGCACAUUGGAAUCCAUAGCAAGGAUGACCAUUGAGGAUGUACUGAGUUUGGGAAUUACAUUAGUUGGCCACCAGAAGAAAAUCCUGAGCAGCAUUCAGACUAUGAGAGCCCAGAUGCUGCACUUGCAUGGCACAGGGAUCCAAGUGUAGCUCAUUUCUCUCUUCAUGCAAAGGGAACAGACUUUCUGAAAAUUUGGAGGAAAGUACACCAUCUGCUGCUACGUACUGUCACUACCAACAUUCUUCUAACUUCCUUCCUAUUGUGGAUCAGAGAUUCAAGGGAAGAUGUGCAACAGUGUUCCUCUAAGCCACCUAAAGAGAAAUAAAGAGGAUGUAUAACAGUACAUAAUGAGAGUGGCUGGAACAUGCACAUUACGAAGAAACUACUACCUGCAACAUUUAGAACUUUAUACAAAAACAAAACAAAAGAAAAACAUUGAGCGUUCUAAUCUUUUUGUCUACUGGGCUUUUUAAAAAUGUACAUAUCAAUUUACAUUGAUUAUAUUUGUGAAAGGCAUCCACCAUGUUAUGGUUAAUCAAUUAAGUUGUUUUUGAGAUUUGUGCUUGCUGAAUGGUGUUCAUUCAGCCGUCUUCUCAUUCCUGACCUGCAACAUUGGGCAGAAGCCAAAGAAGGUUAUCCCUGUCCUAGACUCUUAAUUAAUCAUCAACCCAACUCUAUCUUCCUCAUUUAUUUUAUACAUUUGAUUUUAAAACUUCUGUGCCACUUGUAGAACCAAUUAGGUAGAACCAAUUUAGUUUAAACUUAAUAACUUUUCUUGUUUGGUAUAUAUUUAGCAUCCUCAAACAUUUCCACGUAUUAUUUAUUAGUGUCAGUGAAAUUAUUUCAAUAUACUACAAGCAGAAAUUUGCCCAUUCCUAAGCCUUCCAUUGUCCCUUAAGAUUUUAGUCAAUGAGACCUCAAAAUGAGGUUUAAGUUCUUUGAAUCAGAUUUUUGUUUUUAGUAAAUACAGCUGGUCCAAGUCUCAGAGCAUGGUACUUUAGCAAAUAUAUUGCUUGCGAAAACAUUCUAACUAUAAAAUUAGGAAGAACUGCAUCAAAACACUGCAGUUAAUCAUAAAAUGAAUGGUAAAGGCAGGCAUCCCAUUAUUAACCUGAUUUGGCCAGCCUUAGAUGAGAGAGAACCAUGAAGUGUAAAACAUAACGUCAGAGAAAGGAAUGGAUGAAGUCUUGUGUUUGACAUUAGGUAAUGAAUUCAUGAGUGAGUUGGGGGGACUUAGGGCAUAGAAUGAAUAUGGAUCAAUCCAAAGGUCCUAUGUAGAAGGUGACCACAAUCUGCGAAUCCAUAGGAGGAUCUAGAGAUGGUUGAAGCAAUCACAUUUAUUUAACUCUGAUCAGAAUGUCUUCCUUUAGAGGAAUGUGGGGCAAAGUUCACACCCAGGAAUUUGUGAUUGGCACAAUCCUACAACUCCUCUAUUCAUUAAAUCUUUCUCACGUGUGUUUUUUUACUCAACCAUAGUAGGGAUGAUGGUCACCUGGUCAGCAUUGACUGUUAGAGGAUUCCAAAGAGUGGAGCUGUUUAAGUUGAUUUUGAUUGUAUUAUGAGAUAUCCCAUUGCUCAAAUCAGAAUUCUUCUCUCAUCUACUUGUGUUGUGGGAUGUGAACGCUUUUAUGUAAAAGUUGUAAUUUAUUUAUACUGUCAUUUUUUACACAGGUCUGUCUGUAGUGAACUCAAUACACAUUGAAAAUGCACUAUAUUUUUCUAUUUCACUGACAGAGAAUCACAGACAACUCAUUUAUUUUCAGUUGUACAUAAUAAGUAAAAGGAAAAUCACAUUUAGGACCAAAGAAGAUUGUAGAGUAGCAAACAUUGUCUAAAAAGAAAAGUUCUGAAGAGAUGCCGUUUUUCUGACCUUUUCAGAUCAUGUACAGUGAUUUUAUAAUUGUGUUUUUCUCAUUUUGGGGGGUGUUAUGCAUUUAAUUAUUUAUUUUUAUUCGUUUCAGAAACAGUGGCCCUGACUUUCUGCAGAGGGAGGGCAGGGGGGAGGAUCAAAGAAUGAUUUGUAGGAACACUAGGAGGAGCCAACAGUAGCUCAGCGAAACAAUGCAGAAGAAGGUUGAGGUUAUAGCAUCAUUCUUUUUGAGUUAAUGGGAAAAGACUAGCAGAACUCCCACAGAAUGUCAGGAACCAGUAUAAUUUCAUAACAACACUUUUUCUCACCAGAACUUGUUGUACUCUGUUAACUCAGAAUGUGUAUAAAUAUUUCAUUCACUUUUUCGUGGUUAUU